AUGGCGUCCAUCAGGAAGAAACUGGUGAUCGUGGGAGAUGGAGCUUGUGGAAAGACAUGCUUGCUCAUCGUCUUCAGCAAGGACCAAUUUCCUGAGGUUUACGUUCCCACAGUGUUUGAGAACUAUGUGGCUGAUAUCGAAGUGGAUGGGAAACAGGUGGAGUUGGCCCUGUGGGACACAGCUGGACAAGAAGAUUAUGAUCGCCUCAGACCCCUCUCCUAUCCAGACACUGAUGUCCUCCUCUUGUGUUUCUCCAUUGGCAACCCUGAUAGCUUUGGGAACAUCCCACAGAAAUGGACUCCAGAAAUCAAGCAUUUCUGUCCCAACGUGCCAAUCAUCCUAGUUGGGAGCAAGAAGGAUCUUAGGGAUGACAGGCACAUAAGACUAGAGUUAGCCAAGAGGAAGCAGGAGCCGGUAAAAUUUGAACAAGGCAGAGAUUUGGCGAACAACAUGGGCGCUUUUGGGUACGUGGAGUGUUCUGCAAAGACCAAAGAUGGAGUGAGGAUGGUAUUCGAAAUAGCCACAAGGGCUGCUCUGCAAACGAAUCGCGGGAAGAAAAAGCCUGGGUGCUUCAUCUUGUGA